GCCCGGCUCCAAGAUGAUGAAGUUCAGGUUUCGACGGCAGGGCACCGACCCGCAGAGAGAGAAGAUAAAACAGGAGCUUUUCGCCUUCAACAAGACUGUGGAGCAUGGGUUUCCACAUCAGCCCAGUGCUUUGGCCUUUGACCCCAAGCUGCAGCUAAUGGCCAUCGGCACAAAAUCGGGAGCCAUCAAAGUUUAUGGGGCCCCAGGUGUGGAGUUCACAGGACUACACAAAGACACCACCGCAGUGACACAGAUCCACUUCCUGCCUGGACAGGGCCGCCUGCUGUCACUGCUGGAUGACAACACGAUUUACCUGUGGGAGCUGGUGGCGGGUGCUCCCAGAGAGGUGGGAGGAGUUAAGAAAGAGGGCGUGGUCUCCCUCCAGGAAGUGGGCAACUACAGCCUCCCAGGAAGACCUGGCAUCGAGAGCUGCAGUGCCACUCGGGUGACCGUCCUCCUCUUGCUGCGGUCAUGUGACCUGCUCUGCAUCGGAACGGAGGGAGGGGGCGUGUACUUCCUGCAGUUGCCCUGCCUCUCACUGAAAGACAACCAGACGCUGCUCCAGGAUCAGGUCAUGCAGAGCCUGCCAGAUGACUACAGAUGUGGCAAGUCCUUGGGGCCCGUGGAGUCGCUUCAGGAACAUCCUCAACAGUCAGGGAAGAUUCUGAUUGGCUACAGCCGAGGCCUGGUGGUCCUAUGGGAUCUGAGCGCUCGUCACGCCGACCAGCUCUUCCUGGGCAAACAGCAGCUGGAGAGUCUGGUGUGGGAACGCUCUGGAAGCUUGUUUGUCAGUUCCCAUAACGAUGGGGGCUACUCUGUUUGGCCUGUUACCAAUGGCAACACCUACAAUCACCAGCCAGUGUCAUCCACCAUCCCAUAUGGUCCAUUUCCCUGCAAGGCCAUCAGCAAGAUCCUGUACCGGACAGCAGAGACGGGUUCUCCGGUGCUGUUGUACAGCGGCGGGAUGCCCAGAGCCAGCUACGGCGACCGCCACUGUCUGACCGUUCAGCAGGACAAAGACCACGUCACUCUCGACUUCACAUCGCGAGUCAUUGACUUCUUCACGGUCCACAGCACGGAGCAGGAGAAAGAGUUUGACGACCCGUCGGCGUUGGUAGUGUUACUGGAGGAGGAGCUGGUUGUAAUCGACCUCCAGACCCCCGGGUGGCCGUCUCUGCCGACGCCUUACCUGGCUCCCCUCCACUCCUCCGCCAUCACCUGCUCCUGCCACAUCUCCAGCGUCCCGCCGAAACUGUGGGAGAGGCUGGUGAACGCCGGCAAAGCACAGCAGGGCCUGCAGCACACGCACAGGAGCUGGCCCAUAUGUGGAGGGAAAAACCUGGCACCUCCACCCAAACAACAAGAGCUGCUGUUGACAGGACACGAGGACGGCACCGUUCGCUUCUGGGAUGCGUCAGGUGUUGCCCUCACGCCGCUGUACAAACUCAGCACAGCCAAUGUCUUCCACACCGACUGCGACCCCGGCGACGACCCUCAGGACCCCGGCGACGACCCCGACAUGCAGCAGGAGGAGGAGUGGCCUCCCUUCAGGAAGGUGGGCUGCUUCGACCCGUACAGCGAUGACCCCCGGCUGGGCAUCCAGAAGAUCAGCCUGUGCAAAUACAGCAACAAGCUGGUGGUGGCUGGAACAGCUGGACAGGUGAUAGUGUUGGGUUUGAGCGACGAGCGCUCGGACCACGUGGUGGACGUGUCGGUGGUUGACCUGCUGCAGGACAGGGAGGGCUUCACCUGGAAGGGCCACGACAGACUGGAGCCGCGCCUUAAACCCGCCCCCUUCCCCCCGGGCUUCCAGCCGCUGGUGCUGGUGCAGUGCCUGCCCCCGGCCUCCGUCACCGCCGUGGCGCUGCACGCAGAGUGGAACCUGAUCGCCUUCGGGACGAGUCAUGGGUUCGGCCUGUUUGAUUACCACCGACGAAACGCUGUGCUGGCCAGGUGUACCCUGCACCCUAAUGACUCGUUGGCGAUGGAGGGGCCCCUGUCCAGAGUCAAGUCCCUGAAAAAGUCCCUACGGCAGAGCUUCAGGCGCAUCCGCAAGAGCAGGGUGUCGGGGAAGAAACGCACCAUCACCAGCCCCGCCAGCAAGGUCCAAGAGGCCAACGCCGCUUUGGCAGAGCAGGAGGAAAUGGCGCCCGUACAGCGAAGGAUUGAACCCCGGUCAGCGGACGACUCGCUGUCUGGAGUGGUCCGAUGUCUUUGCUUCGCUGACACCUUCCUGCGUGACGGUACACACCAUGGCCCCACACUAUGGGCGGGCACCAACUCGGGCAGCGUGUACGCCUACGCUCUGGAGGUUCCCGGCGUGGGCUCGGGCCGCGUGUGUGAGCGGGGCGGGGCGAGCGAGAGCAGUGUGUGCGUGGAGGCGGUGUUGGGCAAAGAGAUUCAGCUGAUGCACAGGGCUCCCGUGGUGUCGAUCUGCGUGUUGGACGGCCGGGGGAAACCGUUACCGGACCCGUACGAAGCCUCGCAGGACCUCGCCAUCGCACCGGAUAUGACCAACGCUCACUCUGUCCUCAUCGCGUCAGAGGAACAGCUCAAGGUGUUCUCUCUCCCCAAGGUGAGCGCCAAGACCAAGUUCAAGCUGACGGCACAUGAAGGCUGCCGGGUGAGGAAGGUGGCGCUGGUGGUGUUCAGCUCCACGGCUCAGGAAGAGUACAGUGAACACACACUGGUGUGUCUGACCAACCUGGGAGACAUGCACCUCUUUAACAUCCCGGGCCUCCGACCACAGGUGCGCUACGACUGCAUCCGCAAAGAAGACAUUAGCGGCAUUGCAUCCUGCGUUUUCACCAAGAACGGACAGGGCUUUUACCUGAUCUCCCCCUCAGAGUACGAGAGGUUCUCACUGUCUGCGAAGGUCCUGACUGAGCCGCUCUUCUCUGUGCAGUUGGACCGGCCGCUAGAGCCCACACCUGCCAGCGACGGUACGACAACGCAGCCGCAAGCCAACGGAACCCACAAGAACCAGAUGGGUCAGGCUGAGGGGCAAACAGAGGGGCCCCCCAGCUCCCUGUCCUCCCCCGUCCUGGACACCCCACUGGACUCCCCCCUCAGCUGUGCUGACCUCACCCUCGACUCCACAGGAGAAAUCACGGUGGAGGACGUCAGGGACUUCCUAACCACUGUGGACGAAGCAGAGAAUAACCUGAAGAACAUUAAAGAGGAGGAGGGACGCUCGACCGGCAUCCUCAUCAACUGAACAGUAUUACAGGGAGGGGCUCGAGUGGUCUGGAUGGACUUGGAUUUCAGUGCUGCACCACAAAACAUCUCCCAUCAGCCCUCACUCGGAGC